AUGAUUGACAGGGGCGAAUUUGACUUAAACAAUUUUAAAGAUGGUAAAGCAGCAAAAAAGGAACAACUCCUGAAAAGGGCUCAAGCUGAAUCUGAAGGAAAGUCAGUUGAAGCCAAGAAGCCGAUAGUUGUCACAUAUGGUCUUAAUCAUAUCACUUAUCUUAUCGAGCAGGUUGUUGUAAGGAUGCUAAAAGAGGAAGGAAUCCGAUCUUUCUACAAAGGACUUGUACCUUCUCUCAUUAGAAUAGCCCCUUAUGUUGAAGCAACUUUUGCGUGUAUUAUUGCUUGUGAUGGUGUUGCUGGAUUAUAUAGAGGUUUUGUGCCAAAUGCAUUAAAAACGUUACCAAACAGCAGAAGAAAAAGAGAUAUGAAGGGAAAAAAAGCUGAGGGUGGUGGGAUAAUGGGGUCAAAAUCAUAG